AUGCCAGAAAUCGAACUAGAAUCCCGAGAACAGCAAGACCCAGUAGAAAUGUUCAUGACUUUAGACAACUGGCCGACGCCAACUCAAAAUGAUGCCAUCGAUGAGGGUUCCUCUUCCUCCCCUGUCUCAACUUCUACUGACACAUACUUGGUGGGUUUCGUGAUCGUGAAUGUUGUGGGCCUGCAGUAUUACCAAGGUAGGAUUAGCGGUCGCGAAAUGGUGGGUUUAGUCCGUGAGGAAUUGAACCCGUAUGAUGAGAAUGCCAUUAAAGUUCUCAACACGAGGACGGUGCAGGUGGGUCACAUUGAGCGUGGUGCCGCAGCCGUUUUGUCUCCCUUGAUCGAUGACCAUUCGAUCACUGUUGAAGGCAUCGUGCCAAAGCCACCAGGGAAAGGAAGCAGAUUUAAGAUUCCCUGUCAAGUUCACAUAUUUGCUAGGAUAGAGGAAUUCGAAAGAGUAAAAUUGACAAUUGCUAGAGGUGGAUUACAAUUGAUUUCGGAAACCAGUGCAUCUUUUACAUUAUCGGAGGCAGUAGCAGUGAAAGAAACAAAAAGUACUUUUGAGGCGAAGAGUGUGGAUGAAAUGUUCAAAAUGCUGGACAUGAAAGUUUGUAACAAAGGGACGUUGGAAGCGUUGGAGCCACCAAAAGACGUGAUAAAAUCAGAUCUUUUUUUGCAUCAAAAGGAAGGAUUAGGCUGGUUGGUUAGCAGGGAGAAUUCGUGUGAGCUACCUCCAUUUUGGGAAGAAAAAAAUGGGGUUUACGUGAAUGAGUUGACUAAUUACCAAACUGAUACAAGACCUGAGCCUAUACGAGGUGGCAUUUUUGCAGAUGACAUGGGAUUGGGCAAAACUCUCACCUUGCUCUCGUUGAUUGCUUUUGAUAAACAUGCUCAUGAUGUGCAUGCAUUUGCUAAUACUAGCAACAUAGAGGAUAAGAAAGAUGAGCAAUUAGAUGAAGAGGAACCCAUUGUAAUAUUUGGUCAAAAGUCAAAGAGGGGAAGAGGGAGCAAAAAGCCUACUAAUACGCAGAAAAAACAAAAAAUUGACAAUCACAAUGCCAGCACAAGGGGGAAAUCAGUUUUUAGCACAAGGGGGAAAUCAGUUUUUACUUCAGAUAAAUCUUAUGAUUGUGUGGGGCCGAGAACAACAUUGAUUGUUUGUCCACCUUCUGUAUUUUCAUCGUGGAUAACGCAGUUGGAAGAGCACACGUUACGGGGCAGUUUGAAGGUGUAUAUGUAUUAUGGAGAACGGACUAAAGAUGCUAAAGAGCUUCAGAAGUAUGAUAUUGUACUAACAACCUACACUACCUUGUCUUCUGAGGAAUCCUGGGAGCAAUCUCCUAUUAAGAAGAUUGAGUGGAGACGAGUUAUUUUAGAUGAAGCUCAUGUGAUUAAGAAUGUGAAUUCUCAACAAAGUCGUGCAGUCACUAAUCUGAAUGCUAAGCGGAGGUGGGUUGUUACUGGGACACCUGUACAAAAUAACUCUUUCGAUUUGUUCUCCUUAAUGGCAUUUUUGAAGUUUGAGCCAUUCUCAAUUAAAGGCCUCUGGAGUAGUUUGAUACAACGCCCACUUGCUCAAGGAGAUGAGAAGGGUAUCUCUAGGCUGCAGGUUCUAAUGGGAACAAUGUCUUUGAGGAGAACAAAAGAGAAAGGUUUGGUUUGUUUGCCAUCUAAAAGCAUAGAGACCUUCUUCGUGAACCUCUCUGAAGAAGAGCGUGAGGUUUAUGAUCAGAUGGAAGGGGAGGCCAAGAAUAUUGUUCAGGAAUACAUUUUGGAUGACAAUGUAAUGAGAAACUAUUAUACUGUGCUCAGCAUACUUUUACGACUUCGUCAAAUUUGCACGGAUAUGGCCUUGUGCCCUUCAGAUCUUAAAGCUCUACUUCCACCAAGCAAAAUUGAAGAUGUGAAGAACAACCCAACAUUAUUGGAAAAAUUGCUAUCAGUGUUACAAGAUGGGGAAGAUUUUGACUGUCCAAUUUGCAUAUCUCCACCUACUAAUACUGUCAUUACAUGUUGUGCUCACAUCUUUUGUCGAGCAUGCAUCCUGAAAACCUUAAAACGUACGAAAGCUUGCUGUCCAUUAUGCCGCCACUCGCUUUCAGAAUCUGACCUCUUUAAAGCCCCUCCAGAAUCUUCCAAUACUACUACUAUAGAUUCCUCAUUGAGUAAAUCAUCCAAAGUUGAUGCCCUCUUGAAACUUCUAUCAGCCUCUAGAGAUCAAAGCCCAUCUACUAAGUCAGUCAUCUUCUCGCAAUUUCGGAAAAUGCUGCUUUUACUGGAACAGCCUCUCAUAGCAGCUGGUUUUAAACUACUCCGGUUGGAUGGUUCAAUGAGUGCAAAACGAAGAGCACAAGUUAUUAAAGAGUUUGGAGUUCCAGCACCAGAAGGGCCAACUAUUUUACUUGCGAGUUUAAAAGCUUCAGGUGCAGGAAUAAAUCUUACUGCUGCUUCUAGAGUAUACUUGAUGGAGCCAUGGUGGAAUCCUGCAAUCGAGGAACAGGCUAUGGACCGAGUCCAUCGAAUUGGCCAAAAGGAUGAUGUAAAGAUUGUAAGAAUGAUUGCUCGAGAUACCAUUGAAGAGAGGAUAUUGCAGCUUCAAGAGAAGAAGAAAGUGCUUGCAAGGAAAGCUUUUGGCAGGAAGGGCCCAAAAGAUCAGAGGGAGAUCAGCAGAGAUGAUCUUCGUGCCUUGAUGAACUUGAGUUGCGCUUGCUCUUAA